AUGGGUUCCCUGGGAGAGGGGAACCACACUGCAGGGACAGAGUUCAUUUUAUUGGGCUUAACAAAUGACCCAACCCUGCAAACCAUCCUCUUCGUGAUCAUCCUGUGUAUCUACCUGGUGACCAUAUGUGGCAAUCUCAGCACAAUCAUUCUUAUCAGACUCUCUCCUCAGCUCCGUCAUCCCAUGUAUUUUUUCCUGAGCCACUUGGCUUUUGUUGACAUGGGCUAUUCAUCUUCUGUCACACCCAAUAUGCUUGUAAACUUCCUGGUGGAAAGAAAUACCAUCUCCUAUCCUGGAUGUGCCAUCCAGCUUAUUUCAGGUGCUUUCUUUGGGUCAACGGAGUGUUUCCUUCUGGCUGCCAUGGCAUAUGACCGCUUUGUGGCCAUCUGCAACCCACUGCUCUAUUCCACGAAGAUGUCCACACAAGUCUGUGUUCAGUUACUCCUUGUGUCUUACAUGGGUGGUUUUCUCAAUGCAUGCUCCAUUACGAUUUCCUUCUAUUCUUUACUCUUCUGUGGACCAAAUCGAGUCAAUCACUUUUUCUGUGAUCUUGCCCCCUUGCUGGAACUCUCCUGCUCUGAUGUCACUGUUCCUGCAGUUGUCCCCUCAUUCACAUCUGGCUCCAUCAUUGUGGUCACAGUGGCUGUCAUAGCUACUUCCUACAUCUACAUCCUCAUCACCGUCCUGAAGAUGCCCUCCUCUGAAGGAAGACAUAAGGCCUUCUCCACCUGCACCUCCCACCUCACCACGGUCACUCUGUUCUAUGGAACCAUCACCUUCAUUUACGUGAUGCCCACGUCCAGCUUCUCCACUGACCAGAACAAGGUGGUGUCUGUGUUCUACACGGUGGUGGUCCCCAUGCUGAACCCCCUCAUCUACAGCCUCCGGAACAAGGAGGUUAAGGGGGCUCUGAAGAGACAGCUUGGCAGAAAAAUAUUUUCUUAG